AUGGCGGACCACGUCUACGGAACGCAAUCAGACGCCUACGCGGCCGAGCACGACCUCCACCACCGCAGCAUAGGAAAAGAGAGGAAAUUCAGCCUGACUGGGAAGCACUUGGGAGAAGAUGGAGGACGAGCCUCCGCCGACGACCUGCUCGAGGCUAUGGGCUACAAGAGCGAGUUGGUUCGCAGCCGGUCUACUCUCCAAGUCGCAUUUAUGUCCUUUGUCCUCGCCUCUAUCCCAUACGGCCUGGCAACGACCUUCUACUAUCCGCUGGUCGGAGGCGGGCCGACGAACAUCAUCUGGGGCUGGGUGGCCGUUUCGCUCAUCAUCCUCUGCGUAGCCGCAUCGUUGGGAGAGAUUACCAGCGUGUAUCCCACCUCCGGCGGCGUGUACUACCAGACCUUCAUGCUCUCUGCCCCGUCCUAUCGAAGAAUCGUAUCGUGGAUCUGCGGCUGGGCCUUCGUCGUGGGCAACAUCACCAUCACGCUGGCUGUCAACUUUGGAACGACUCUGUUCCUGACAGCCUGCAUCAAUGUCUUCGAAUCCGAGCCGGGCGUCGGCAUCUUCGCCGGUGAAACCUACCAAGUCUACCUCAUCUUCUUCGGCCUCACGAUCCUCUGCAACCUCGUGUCUGCGCUUGCCAACCGUUGGCUGCCCAUUCUGGAUACGUUUGCCAUCUUCUGGACUUUUGCUGGACUAAUCGCCAUUGUCGUGUGCGUGCUUGCUAUUGCGAAGAACGGCCGCCAUGACGCAUCUUAUGUGUUUGGCGAAUUCGACCCAAGCAACAGUGGAUGGCCUGCCGGCUGGUCAUUCUGCGUUGGACUCCUCCACGCCGCCUAUGCGACAUCAUCGACCGGAAUGAUCAUCUCAAUGUGCGAAGAGGUCCAGCAGCCGGCCACACAGGUCCCCAAAGCCAUGGUUGGCACCAUCGUCCUCAACACCAUUGCCGGGCUUGUCUUCCUCAUCCCCCUCGUCUUCGUCAUGCCCGACCAGGCAACGCUCGCCGCCCUUGCCUCUGGCCAACCCGUCCCCGUCAUCAUCAAAGACGCAAUUGGUUCAUCCGGCGGCGCCAUCGGUCUGCUAAUCCCUCUCCUCGUUCUCGCCGUCUUCUGCGGUAUUGGAUGCACAACUGCAGCCUCGCGUUGCACCUGGGCGUUCGCACGUGACGGCGCCAUCCCAGGAUCCAGGUGGUGGAAAACCGUGAACGUAAAGCUGGACGUCCCGCUCAACGCUAUGAUGCUUAGCAUGGUCGUGCAGCUUGUGCUUGGGCUUAUCUAUUUUGGUUCCACGGCGGCUUUCAAUGCCUUUUCCGGGGUUGGUGUCAUUUGCUUAACGAUGAGCUACGCGUGCCCGAUCGCAGUAUCGCUCCUCAAUGGACGAAGGCACAUCCGCGACGGUAAUUUCCAUCUUGGAAAGUUGGGCAUUUUCUGCAACUGCGUCGCACUUGCCUGGUCGCUCCUCGCCAUCCCGCUGUUCUGCAUGCCGACCGCCAUCCCCGUAACCCCACAAUACAUGAAUUACGCUUCGGUCGUCUUCUUCGCCUUCUUCGUCAUCUCUACCGCAUGGUACUUCAUCUGGGGCAAGAAGAACUACCGGGGCCCUCCGGUCCAAGAGGACGAAAUCCUAGAGGCCCGCAGGGCGAGCAUUACGUCCCACCACAGCGGAAAAUGA